CAAACAUUCAUCAGUCGCACAACGCAGUGCACGCAUUGUAAAGGAGCUCUCGGUCGAAGAACGCUUUUCUAAUUAUCAGUUUGCUUCGCGUUAUCACAACCGAAUUUGGAAUUUCUGAGAAAAACACAAACAUUCAAAACAAAAUGUCUGCCCUGAUGCUAUUCUUGAACGACGUGGUCAUCCCGUUGACCCAAGGGCUUGUGGAGGAAAGCGAGAAGCAGCAGAAGGAAAAGCCAACCGGCGCCGUGGAGCCCGUCGUCCGCAAGGACACACUCGUUGGCCCGCGCUCGCUGCUCGAAGGCGUCACCUACGAAGACAACGGCCUGAUGGUCAAGUUGGACGUCCGUCAGUUCAAGCCCGAGGAGAUCAGGGUGUCGACCGACGACGAGGGCACCCUGACCGUCGAGGGCAAGCACGAGGAGCAGGAGGACGAGCACGGAUUCAUCUCGAGACACUUCAUUCGGCGCUUCACACUGCCCAAGGACAUCGACAUGGACAGGUCUCAAGUUAGCCUGUCUGCCGAUGGACAACUCAAAAUCCACGCUCCUAAGAUCGACAAGCCUCUCGAAAGGGUGAUUCCAAUCAAGUUCACUAAUGCUCCAGCCCUGGCCUCCCAAAUGCGCCGAAAGGUCAUCAUGUAAUUAUUGUUUCUGGGAAAACAAUUUUUGUAUAAAAGACUGAUUACAUCUGACUGUUGGAGUUUAAACAAUUAGAACAAUUCUAAUUAAAAUUUUGUGCCAAGAUUAAUUUUCAUCUCAUGUUUAAUGUAAAAAAGUCCAUUUCUGGUUUACAUUUUUUUUUUCAACUUUUUACUCUUUUAGGCAGUUUAGAUACAUAAAAUUACAAAGCAUUUAAUUUUCGAUUUUUAGAACUAGUAAGAAUUGUAAUCUUAAGACUGUAUAACAACAUAAUUUGAUGUAACUCUAAAUACUAAUAAUGAUUAAAUUUAUCAGUAUCCUGGCGUCCGCCUUACUUAGGACAAAGGUAAAAUGAUAAUUAUCGAAGAUAUGGAUGUAUUUAUUUAGUCAUUAAUAAUUGUGACAUUGUGGACUGCGAAAAUUUCAAAAAUAAAAAGAAAAUUUGU